AUGUCAAAAUAACCGAAUCACGCGUGUUUUGUUUAGGUUGCCGGUGCGGUGAAACCACUGCGGAGUGCUCGCUUUUGCAUUUUCCCUACAAAUCCCUUUUUAAAAUGGGUGGAAAUUCAAGAAAAUUUAAGAAAGCAGAAAAAUCCAAAAUUAAGCUCAAAGCAGCCAAACUUCCCAAGGGCACUAACGUUACCAAGACCAACUUUAAAGUACGCAAAAUCGUCGUACCGGAUCAGCUGAAGCAGCGAAACCUCACCGAUGCCGCUGUAUUGUCGAGCAAAUACCUCAGCCUGAAGGAUUGCCUCGCCAAGCUGAAGCUCAACAAUGUGUCGUCCAAAGUCGACGGUUUACGAGGUGUGCGAGAAAUCAUCACGAAAAUGCCGUCCGAGCUGCUGCGGAUGCUUAGCUCGGUGGUGAAAGACGUGGCAAGCUUGUCCAUCGACGUGGAGCAUGACGUGCGCAAGGAUUCGUACAAAACGCUCGGCUGCAUACUGACCGCGUGUGGACCAUCGGUAAUGGUACCGUACUACGAAGUGCUGCUGUCCUUUUUGCGCUGCAGCAUGACCCACAUUCAGCCGCGCAUCCAGGAAGAUUCGCUCCUGCUACUGGACGUGCUGUUGCAGUACCUGCCGGAGCUGGUUGUGGCCAAUCGGGACAAGAUUUUGCCACAAUUUUUGGACAUGAUUUCAAAGCUACGAACGGAAACGAAACCGGGCCGUACGUUAACGAUCAAUCUGGACAAACAAUCGACCAGUACGCGUUGGCGUGUGAAGGUCCUGUCCCGGCUGACGGGAAUAUUGAAAAUACUCAUCGACAGCAAAACGUUGAAGGAUCAAUCGAUGGAACCGCUAGAAGAAUCACUCUCCCGCCCAGCGGAAGAUGCAGACAAUCCAUUUGCUUCGAAAGUUUCCGAUUAUCAACCGAACAGGGCGGUUCAGGUGAAUUACGUCUUCGAUGGGACAUCAACCAUGUUUAUGCCGCUGCAAAGGCGACACUUGUACACAGUCUGCCCGAUGGACGUACUGUUCCGCAAAUCGACAGGAACCGACAAAGAACUAUCGCUCGGUGAUCGUGUCGACGACGGUCGAAAGCUAAAAAUGUACGUCGAGAUGCUGAUGCCCGUGUUGCUCGAAUCGUGGCUAGAGGUUCGCCCACUCGGCACCGGAUCCGAUGCGGUUCAGGAGCAUGCCCUAACACAGGAAGCGGCAGCAACGCUCGAACUGUUAAUGGCCAUUUUCAUCCAGCUUUGGGAUUUGAUCGUUCUGUACUGCGGGGAAACGAAUAACGAGGACAUGAAGCGAUGGUUCCGUGGGGAGUACGGUUCCAAAUUCUGUAACCACAUCCUCGGCGGGUUUCCCUACUACCAGUCCGGCACGGAGGUGAAGAGCCAAGCGAAACGCUCCAAAACGACCGCACCGCUUGUGGCCGAACAAACGGUGGAUGAUCAUUGCUACCGGCACAAUUUCAACAUCUGCUACUUUUACUGCUGCCUUCACGAACAGUUUCGCGGCACAAAGAAAAAGUCCCAGGCGUACACGAAGAUUGUGGAGUACGUGAAACGGUGCGUGUUGAACUGGAAGUUCCGGGGGGCCGAAGCGACCAAUCUGUUGCUGCAGGUGCUUCGCUACAUGCUGCUCGACACCGACGGUAUGUCGGUUAAUCAGGAAUCCCGCGAACUGCUCAAAACGUUGCUGGAGGUGUACAUAACGGCGAAGCUUCCGCAGGACAUUCGCAACCGCAUUCUGGUACUGUUUUGCGACAUCAUUGUGCUAAACGAUUCACUGUGGCGUCGGUACGGCCAGGAGCUGUUUACGCUCUGGUUAAAGAUGUUGCCCAAUCUGCUGUGCAAACCUGCGAUCGAUCAGGCGGUGCUGAAGGCACUGCUUUGCUUGGGCCAACGGGGUAACGUUCCCUUUCUGGAGGUGCUGGAAGCGAACGCGAAGCAGAUAGUGGCCAAUCUGGGUACGAUUCGUGUGACGAACGAAGCGAACCCAGGCGACGGGUUCACACUGAUCUGCAACUUGCUGUUUUUCAUUCGUAAGCGAGAGCUAAUUAAAGAGUUGCUUGCCGGUGAUGCGCAGAGUUUAAAGGAAGGCGCCCAAAGGGAACGGCUUUGCAGCACGCUAGAACUAAAGUUGGGUAUGCUACAGUACUAAAUACACUGAAAAGGUGGUAAAAAAA